AUGGUAAGUGUAUCUAACAGGGAUUAUAAUUUACAGUUUAGAGAAGACAGUGAUGAAAACUUAUUUGAAAAAGGACACAAUGAAAAUGAAGCCAAUUCAUUGAAAUUGAGUAAGUUUGUUGAGGAAGAUUUCUAUUCUCCCCACAGUACAUUUGGAUAUAAAAAUGAAGAAGAUUUUAAAUAUCGCUUAACUGGAAAUAAAAAGAAAAAAGAUAAAAAAAGAAAAAGGAAAAAUGAUGAGAAUAAAAGGAUUAGUAAUAGGAAAAUAGUUAAUUUACCUGCUUCUCAGCCAUAUACACGGUUUAUUGAUGGAGAGCAUAGACUCUGUUUUAAAUAUAACACUAAAAUCAGUGAUGCAGUUUUAAGUUCCAUGCCUAAGACAGAUUUAGAAGAUAAUGAAUUUUGUAUUAGAUUUGAUAUUGAAAAUGUAGAUAUUAGUAAACUUAACGAGAAAUUUAAAGCAGAUAAUUGUGUUUAUCCUAGAGCAAAUUUACCAUACGAAAUGUAUGUAGGGAAUAGAUGGGAAUAUGAAACGGAAUGUAAUAGGCUUGCAUGGGCAUUUGUAUCUUUAAAUCCUGUAUUACUUUAUGGAAAGAAAGGACUUAUUCAGAGAGCUGUAGAUUCUUAUAGAAAUAUUAAUAAACAAAAUAGGAAUAGAAAGUUUACUAGUAGUGAAAGGUUUUCAUCAGAUUUUGACAAAAGAAAACACGCUUCUUUACCGCCUUCUUCUGUGACCAUUAAUUGGAUCAGUAAAGGGAUAAAGAAGAAGUGUAAAAUAUUUGUUAAUGUUGACAAUGUAAAUUAUGACAAAAUUGACGAAGACUUUAAAAACAAGUACUCUGUUUUUAUGGAUGAUUUCGAUGAAAAUUCAUUUGGUCUCAGCAAGUAUGAAAGUAAAAAUAAAGAUAACGAGUUAGCAAUUAAAAUAGCAUUUUUAAAUGUCGAAAAUAUGUCCUUUUGGAAUGCUAUCAAAGCCUUGGAUAAAACUACGGUUUUAAAAAGGGCUAUUGAAGCAUACAAAGCUAAGAAGGAUGAGUGUGUUAGUUCAGAAGAUGACACAGAUGCAUCAGAUUUGGUUAGUAAAGCUCAUGAAGAGAAUAGUGAUGAAGUUGAAAACUUUUUACUUAUGGGACAUGAUAUAUAA